CAGCAGCCCCUUACCUGUUUCUUGCGUGUGCCGCUGCCACUGCUGUCGCUCCCCCAGUGCUGGUGCAGCUGCUGCUGCGUCCAAGCAUGCGGAGACUCGCCCCAAAUCACCGUCGUGGUCUUUUUCACGGUCAAUCAGCAGCUGGCGGAGGAAUAGAAGAUCAUGGCGAGCGGGGAUACUAGGGGAAUGCUGAAAGCCCUGGCUGCCAUGCUAAAGGACACGGAGACUAAAACAAGAAUGGUCCAAAAGGUGGGAUGCUUCUUGCGCUUGUUAGUGGGCGACGACAACGGCCUCUUCUUGGACUUGACAGGGGCCGCAACAGGGGCAGGCGGUGCUGUUCCAGAGGGCGAAACGAAGGCUCAGGCCGUUGAAGCAAUCCUGCACCUCUCCGACGCCGACUUCGCGUCCGUCUGUGCCGGCCAGCUCAGCCCCGAGAAGGCCUUCAUGAGAGGCCGUCUCGUCGUGAGGGGAAACCUUGUCCAUGCCAUGAAGUGCGGCCCGGUCUUCGAGCUCCUGCGUCCUCCUCCCCCACGAAUGGCACCGCGCGUUGCGCCAUCGAUGGUUAGACGAGGGCCACGAGAGGCAGUCGUCGCCUCCGCGGACGGCUAUCGGCGCGACUGUGAUGUUGUGUCGGCUCCGGUGUAUAGCCUUCUCGAGGAAUUUGUGCGUGGUGUUAGCAGGGGUACGUUGGGUUGGGGGGUUUGGGAGAGGGAUACGAAGCCCCCCUAUCUACAGUAGAGGUCCCUAUUUAGUGCCGGGGUGUGCGCCGAAAUUUCACCGGCACUAAACCAGACACCGGCACUAUUCGAAGUACAGCACGACUUGGUAUUCCAGUGUGUGCGAGCCGAAAACACCGGCACUAUAACGGCAACCGGCGCUAUUCAACCGGCACUAAACAGGGACCUUUACUGUAUUUCAUAAACGUGUACAACAAUAAUCGUCAAUGAGGUCCUGGCGUUGAUUUUGCGUUCUUCUCUUUCUCAUUGUUACUUACGAAGCGUUUCUUCAAAUUGUGUGUCUUCGUUGCGCAUAGAGUGUGCUUGUGCAAGCCGGGCGGGAGCAGAGGGUACGUACAUGGGGCGUGUUGGCUUUUGCCUCUACUCGCACACCGGUGGUGCCCGUGUAUUCCUAUGAAUAGAUGUAAUGUAAGGAUGUCUUCCUGUUUUUCCAAGUAAAUACAAAUGUUGUUGCUGGGAAGAAGAAAAAGGGUGGGGAGG